AUGCCAAUUGAUUAUUCUAAGUGGGAUAAGAUCGAGAUUUCAGAUGAUUCAGAUAUUGAAGUUCACCCAAAUGUGGACAAACGGUCAUUUAUCAGGUGGAAGCAGCAAUCCAUUCAUGAACAGCGUGCAAAGAGAAACCAGGAUAUUAAGAACUUAGAGUUCCAGAUUGAGAUGUACGCUCAUUUAAAUAAAAGAGCAGAUAAAAUUAUGGCCCAACUAGGAGACGAGGAAUUGCUUUCAAAGGAUCGCGUCAGUAAAUUUCUCAAUGAAAACUUUGAUAGAACUGAAAGAGGAUUAGGCGACAGUGUUGAUCCUGACAUGCCUCCUUACAAUGAAAUGGUAGAAGAUUUGUUUGAACAGCUAGAAAAAAAUGCGAUUGAUGAGGGUAAAAACCCUAAGGACGGUGCUAUUAUCAGGGAAAUGAUGCAGAAACAUAGAGAAAAAAUCACCCGUGUUACAGAAGAAGCCAAGACUAAGUUGCAAGAACUUUACAAGGAGAAGGAACUACAUAUUUCUUCCGAGGAUGUUCAUACAGGGUUUGACAGGAGUAUCAUAAACAAAUCGUCUCCCUCUGAUAAUGAAGUAAGUAAGUACAUGAAACCUGCUGAGUACGCUGCCAUCUCUAGUGGUUCUAAUGAUAUUAAAUUGCCUCCUCCACGGUUGGACUUUAUUACUUUUAAAGAUGAUCCAAUGGCUUUAGCUCCAGAAACAGAACUUUUUGGAGAUAUUACAGCUGUAGACUACAAGAAAUCGGAAGAGUUUUUACUGCAGAACUUACAGAUUUUAUCAGAGCAGCAGACUGAUGCGUUGAUGAUGAAGGCUUUCGAAUAUGAGAUGGAUGGAGACUCUUCAAAGGCGUAUCAAGUUAUCCAUCAGGCGGAAUUGAUGUCUUAUAUCCGUGAGAUCUAUUCAAUGAAAAAGAUACCGCACCUACAUGUUCAAGAACUUACUGAGGUGAUUACCGUUUUCUUUAAAAAAGUUUUCUACAAUGCUGCAAAUAUCGCGGGAAAGAAGUCCUUUUUGGAAUCAGUUCAAAAGAAGUUUGAUCAUGUUAUACAACGCUGUAAAGUAUUAAGAGCAGAACAAGCCGAAGAGUUCCAAAAGGAAGGAAAUGUUGAAACGAUCCAACUGAAAUCCUUAGAUGAAUCUACAGAAUUACAAGUGAACCUUCCUGACUUCGAUUCACAGGACCCUAAAGAACUCAAGAAAAUCGAAGCAUUUAAGACGUUACCAAAGGAAAUGCAAGAGGCUGUAAAAACACAAAGUUUAGAUAACAUUAAUGAGGUGUUUGCAAAUAUGUCAAUUGAAGAAGCUGAAAAAAUAUUGGAUAUUUUUAACGAAAGUGAAAUAAUCGGCAUUAAUGCAUUACUUGAAGAUGAGCAAGAGUUUAAGCAGUUACAGGACCAAUAUAAUAAUGUCGCGAAGGAAGACCAGAAUGAGUCUGAUGGUGAUAUCACCCACACGGCCGAUAUCGUUGAUUAG